AUGCCAAUAAUUUGCAUAUAUUGUAUUUCAGACGCAUGUGACAUGUACAUGCUGGUUGAGGGCGAUACAGACGAAGAGGGUUUGAUUCCGAUUGAUGGUGGACCAGUGAUAAAGUCCGGUGAUCAAUAUGCGGAACACAGCACAACGCCGUACAUGAUCAACAGUCAAACAUAUAGUUACAAGAAGAUUUCAGCCAUAGCUUGUGGCCAGUGCCCCAUUUAUAGGCUCAGUUGUUAG